AUGUUCGGAAUCAUUGCGGAUCUCUUCUCGUCAAUUAUCACGAUUCUUUUUCCUAUCUUUGCCUCGUUUAAAGCUCUGCGCUCGUCCGAUCCCAAUCAGCUAGCACCAUGGUUGAUGUACUGGGUGGUGCUCUCCGCCAUCCUCAUGGCAGAGUCCUGGACUUACUUCAUUCUGGGAUGGCUUCCUUUCUAUAGCUGGUUCCGUCUGUUUUUCUUGACCUACCUCGUCCUCCCCCAGACCCAAGGAGCCCGUCUGCUCUACCAAGACUACGUGGACCCUUUCCUAUACCACCAUGAACGGGAAAUCGAAGAUUUCAUCGGCCGUACCCACGAGCAAGCCAAGGCCAUGGGUCUCCAGUACUUUUACCAGGCCGUGGAUCUUAUCCGGGAGAAGGUCCUGGGCCUACCUCCCCAGCGGCCCGCGACCCCUCCCCCGCAGUCGGGCCCUGCAUCUGUCGCUCAAUCGCUUCUGUCCCGGUUCAACCUUCCCACUGCCGGCGGAGCGACCGGGGCUCCUCCCGCAGCCCCCAACAACGACUGGUUUUCGGCCAUCAGCUCCGCGGUGGGCUCGUUGACGUCCACGAGCCAAAGUCCCGAAAAACGAGGCGAGGAGCUCUCCGCCAGCGGCUCCCUCUUACCCCGCGAGUUGGCCUCGAUAUCCCGUGGCGAGAAGGCCAAGUUUCUCUCCAACCAGCGAGAUAUGUUGGAUGUUUUGCGCAAUGCCUUGGCCAAGGAGGAGCAGAACUUGGGCAAUGAAGACGACGGUCUUGCGUACGGCUCUUCCUUGAAGAAGAACCGCAGCGACAACUCCUUCGACCACAUUGAGCAUGACGACAUCCGCGACCGCUCUCCCGGACAGCCCGCGCGGACCCCCAGCGGCAAUUGGGCGUCGGGUUGGUUCGGCCAGGGAGAGCAAGGCGGUUCGUCGGGUGUGGAGUUUGCGGCCAGAGCCGUUGACGAAAUUGCGCGCUCCCGUGGCUCUCAUAACUAG